GUGUGAGAGAGAGAGAGAGAGAGAGAGAGAGAGAGAAAGAGAAAGAGAGAGAGAGUAAAGGUCACAGUGACAUAGUGGACGAGCGUGACCCGCCAGGCGACAGAGAUUCUUUAUCCGAAUAGCGUCCGAUUUCUCCGCGCUCGUGUUCGGAUGUUUUUCAUCUCAGCCCAACUACAUUUCUGCACUUGUGGACAUAGCAGUGGUUCGUCCAUCCACCAUGAGCGGUUGAUGAACUUUCACAUCCAAGGAAAAGGAGAAACUUAAAGACGUUUGAUGUAGAUAGCAUGGUAAAAAGAGUAAAACAUAAUAUUUUGUCAAGAUAAAAAACGCCACAAAUCGCCGUAGAUAGCUACGCCAUCCCUUUUCCUAAAGUCUUUUACUUUUGGUGGGGCCAUUAUGAAUAAUAUAAUAAUUGUUCUUCACUACAAUGAUUACCAAAGCGGCGUUUGUGGUGUAAUGAGGUGGUCAAAGACAGAAACGUGGUAGAGAGACAGAAUGGCUCAAACAGCUGUGAGUGUCGGGGUAGGAAUCCUAGCAGUCCUGGUGUUGUACAGAUGGUGCAACACUUCGCCCCCUGCCGGAGAGAACCUCACCACCAAACUCAGUGAGACGUAUGACUACAUCGUAGUGGGAGCAGGGUCCACAGGUUGCGUAGUGGCUAACCGUCUGUCAGAGGACAGGAAUGUCCGCGUCCUACUUCUGGAGGCGGGCGUGGACGACAGGGGAGACAAGACGAUCGAGGUGCCUGGCCGCUCUCACCACCUGAUGCACUCCAAGUUUGACUGGGAGUACUACACGCUGCCUCAGAAACACGGACUGAGGGGGUAUAAGGGUCAGAGAGCGUACUGGCCCCGAGGCAAGGUGCUGGGCGGUACUUCCAACCUGUACAGUAUGGUGGUCAUCCGGGGACACAAGAGAGACUAUGACAGGUGGGCGGAGUCUGGAGCGGAGGGGUGGAGCUACGAUGACGUACUUCCCUUCUUCCUCAAGUCCGAGGAUAUACAGGACUCCAAGCUCGCAGCUUCAAAAUACCACAGCACAGGUGGACCGGUGAAAGUGUCAGUCCCCAACACAAUGCCUUUGACAGAGAUCCUCAUUGACUCCGGACUCGAACUCGGACUCAAGCUAAACGACCCGAACGGCGAGACCAUGAAAGGUCAUCAUGGAGGGUAAGAAAGCCGUCGGUGUGGAACUGAUUCGCAACGGACGAAAGGAGAAGGUGUAUGCCGCCAGGGAGAUCAUCAUUUCGUCUGGCGCGAUCGGCUCGCCACAGAUCCUCAUGCUGAGUGGGAUAGGCCCGAAGAAACAUCUCGAACAAAUAGGGAUCCCUGUCGUGGCCGACCUCCCUGUGGGUGAGAACCUACACGAUCACCUGUUCUUUGAGUACUCCAUCGGGCUCAACACAACGGUCAGCGCCACUCCGGCCAUUCAGGAGUCCUGGUGGACGGACAUGAAACUGAGGCUUUUUGGAUCUGGCAUCAACUACUGCAAGAAGUUCCUGACGGCGUCCCCUCUGAAGGCAAUUGGCGCCGUACCCGCGGACGCCCCGAACCGCUUCUGUAGCGAGCACACCUACGACACAGACUCCUACUGGGAGUGUAUGGUAAGGCAGAAGAUCCACACCAUCUACCACCCCGUGGGGACCUGCAAGAUGGGGAAGAGGGGAGAUCCCAGCGCUGUUGUUGACCAUCAGCUAAAAGUGCACGGUAUCUCAGGCCUGAGGGUAGCCGAUGCAUCCAUAAUGCCCUUCAUCCCUUCCGGAAACACCCACACACCUUGCGUGAUGAUUGGCGAGAAAGCUGCACACAUGAUCCGAAAAGCCUGGUCCCGCUAACUGCUGUGUGAACGAACUUCCAAGUGUGUAACAUACUGGUGAAAUCGGGCGCUCGUCAAAAAAAUGAAAUCCGAGAAACCGGCACCUCGCCCGUUGGGCAAUUUUAUAAAGAAUUGUUUUUUUCGGACUCAAAAAAACUUUUAAGUUCACUUAAAAUACAUUGCUGUGUGGACUUUUCUGAUAAAUGUUGAUCAAAUACACUAAAAGAGUGUGAAUUUGCUGUUUCCAAGGACUCGUAAGCCUUGGAAAUUGCAAAACUUGGAUCGCCAUUUUCUCGUUUCUUUUACUUUUGACGCCAGUUUAGACACAUCUUUUUCAAUUGCAGGUAUCUUGACUUUUAUUUUAGAUAGAUUGGUAUCCUUUUCAAAGAAAGCGAGAAACAGGAACAAACCUCAAGAUAAAACCAAUAACUCUAUAUGUAUAUACCAAGACUUUGACGGACGCCUGAUUUCACCGUUUCGUGACACAAAUAAUAUGACACAAAUAAUAUAUGAACGAAUGGAGAGAAAUCCAAAGUCCUGAAAGAAGGCUGCAGAGCCGGAACAUUUACGUUUUACCUGUAGUAUGUGUUUGGAAGAAAACGUUUCUGUUGUGUUACUUUUUCAGUCUCACGUAUUCUUCAUUCUAAACCUGACAGGACUCCACAGUAACUGACUCCUAUAGUACAUCCUGAUUUAUCAUCUUAGCCUUCACGUUUCAACAUAUAUGACGUAGCACUCUUAUGACCUUAUGCAGUUGCAAACACCGUAAAACCUCUACAAAGACAAGAUACAUGACGUAUAUCGUUAUCAUUUACACAUUUAUUCUAGAAUGUAUUGUCCAUAGCUGUAAUCCUAGGCUUAAAAAGAGCUUGAAAUGCUAAUUCUAGGGGUACAAAUUAACAAGAAUCCAUGACGUAUUUCGUGAAUGUUUGCUGAAAUAUAUCAUCCUAAGCUGUUCAAAAGAAAGCUCAGACAGCAAUUUUUGUUCUCAGAAGAGAGGAAAAAAAUCUGGUUCAUUCUUUUAACAACCGUGCCUACAUUAAGUUGUUUUCUUGCUUUUAUUUCAGUAUUUAAAAUUUGAGUCAAGACAAAACAAUCCACAACUUAUUUUGUGAAUGUUAGGAGAAAAAAUGAUAUCGUCAUAAGCUGUUUAAACGCACUAAGCUCAGAGAGCAAACUGUUUCAGAAAAAAAUAAUUUUAAAAGUUUUUUUCUUUUAACAACCGUACCUACAUUAAGACUAUGCAUUUUUAUAGCUUUUUCACGAUUUAAUUAGAAUUAGAAUUUAGACAAAAUAAUACCUGAAGACAAUAUGCGACUGAUACUGCAGUUUAGAAGAAUAUUAUAUAAAAAAUUUAUGCUUAGUGAAUCCGAAAAGCUGACAGGCGAAAUAAUCCUUUAUUGAGCUUCAGCAGGGAUCGUGUGGUUAGAUAGCUUUGGUUUGCAAAGAAUGUCAAGCAAGUCUGGGUAUAAGCUGUUAGGAUGGGUGACCACAGGGGUGAUUCUUUGAGCAUGAUAAUAAUAUGAUAAUUCUAGCCCUGGAACAGCUUGCUACCCAGUGGUGACCAGAAGUAGUGUGUCUGUCAUCUGUCAAAGAGUCUGCAUUGUUGAGACAUUGUGAUAUUGUGUAUGAUGUAAAGGUAGUAUAACCUUAGAAAGAAUUAUGUGUGCACUGUACAUGUCAUUAUAUCCAAUUUUUUAAAAUCAAGGAUAAAUAAAAGUGGUUCUUGUAUAUCAUUGAUAUUAUCAAAGACA